AUGGCGACUGUUCUUGGCUCGGGUGAGCGGCCAGCACCGGCUUUCCUGUCCCGCAUGGCCCAAGCAAAUCAGAAGGUGAUUUGCACUGCUAAGGGUGAAGACGUUCGCACGGUGAACGUGGAAUAUUUGCUUCAGAAGCGCCUUCGGAUACCCAUUUUCCAGCGGAGAUACUGUUGGUACAAAGAGCAGUGGAACACCCUUCUUGGGGAUGUGUGCCUGGUUGCAAAUGGUUCGAAAGAAAAACAUGCUCUGGGCCGUAUCACGUGCGUGCUUGACAACUCUGGUGAUGGCAGGCUUUUGGUCGUAGAUGGCCAGCAGCGGAACACCACUUGCUCUCUCCUCUUGGCGGCCGUGCGUGAUGUAGCGGCCACUCGACAUAGCGAGGAGUGCUUGAAGCUUGUAUCCAAAUUGGAGUCUUUGCUUUUCCCAGGUGGGCUGGAAGAGUGGAUGUCGGCCAGGCAGCCAGGCACACCGCUGGAAGAAGGUGCCGAGCUCGGUGCAGCAGCGUUGGUGCCCACGUACUGCGACAGGGCCAGCUACUUUGCGGCCACGCUUCCACGCCGGGCCUCUGUGCCCUCUGUGCCAGACUCUGGUUCCUGGAUGCGCCCCAUGGAGGCCAAACUCUUUUUCUCAGAUCGCCUGGUAGGGGAGAGUGACAAGCACUUGGUCGCAGUGGCAGAGGCGGUCUUGUACAAGCUUGAGUGGCUGCUCUUUCCCAUCUCCUUGGGCGAAGGUCACAAGGAUGGCACGGAAGAUCUCCACCUGAUCUUCGAGCGGCUGGCGCUUCGCGAUGCCACGUUCUGCAAGCCACAUCGGGCUACAGAGUAUGCCAACAUGGGGGCUGCAGACUUCGUUCGAAACUUGCUUCUGGGCUCUUUUGCUGAGGAGGCUGAUGCAAUACAUGCCUACAAGACUUAUUGGCUGCCAAUCGAGAAGUCUGCGGCGAAGGUUGCCGAGGCCAAGCAAGAAAGCGUCGCAAGCCAUCUGGAAGCCGCGUUGGAGGCCUUUUUGAAGGCGAAUCCUCGGCAGCGAAAGAAAGCGAAUCUCGCCGCAGCUGGGGUUGGAGGUGCUCUGUACGCCCGGUUCCGCCGCUGGCUUGUCGACAUGGAGGUCGCCACCGACCCGAAGCAAACCACGGACACCAUGGACCUGCUGCACCGAUUGCACGACUUUGCACUGCAGCACUUCGAAGGUGGGCCUGUGCGGCAGGCGUCCCCUCCCGGGCUUGAUGCGUGGAGCUUUGGAAGCACCACGAAACAGCCACCUGCACUGAUUCCCUGCAGAGAAGACUGCUGA